UUUGUCCCCAUUGACAAUGAAUUGAGACAAAACUGAAGCGUUUUUUUCCGGUAUUUAGCCCCUAUGACCUCAUUACCGGAAAACUAAAACGCCUUACUCUAACCAUAUCCAUAAUCCUCAAUGUGGCUUUUUUGCUCAGACAACUACACCUUUCAUUACAAAGGGAUAUGUAAAUUCACAAAUCCUUGUGGUAUAUUUUUCUUGGGGGCCGGGCACCUUAUACAAUUCUGUAAUAUGCAGUUGCAUACGUUAGGAGUAUGUGUUAUACACUGUAGGAAGGCACAAGGGACCAUCGUUGAUGGUAGAUAUGUGUCACCGAGGUUCGUGGCGGAGCCAGUAUUUUCAGAUGUGGCAUUAGGUCGUUGACACUUUGUUUAUUUAGUAUAGCUGUGAAUAGCUGAUCUGGGAUGACUCUUACUAGGAGUAGACAUAGUGCUGGGUGGGUGACUACUCCCCACGUUCCAGGCCAGGUUUUGACUGGCCUACAAAAAACAGCCAGCAGUGUCAGGUGGGGGUGAUUACCUCUCUGACUGUGGAGGGCUGGAUCAGAGUCUGAGCUGGAGUUUCUGUGCCUGAAAGACUGAGGACAAAGCAAGUUCCACAUACACUCGUGGGGUUAUGGUACUGUGCAAAACCAUACCUGUGUGAUACUAUAGAUACAGGACUUUAUUGGGGGUUUUUAACGCCGGCUGGAGCAAGCCGGUCAGUGCUGUUUACUGCCUUAUUGUUUUGUCAAGAAUAAAAGACAACCGUUGCUUUGCUUUCACCGCUAAAAGGCUACAGUGUUCUUAUCUGAAGGCUACCAUUGGGGCAGAUCCCUACAACACACAGAGCUAAAACAAACUUUGCAGAGAAAAGAAUUUAUCAAGAAUGUCUAGAAGGCCAAGCAAAGGCUCUUUUUUUAGAGGACAAAAAUAUUUUUCUGAAUUUCCAGGUCGUCCAGGGAAAAUGUUGGCUAAGGUGAUUUUCAAUCGGGACCAAAAAAGAGACAUAGUUAGUAUUCGCUCGUCCAAAGGUAAAAUUAUUGAAGAUCAGGAUGGUAUUAAAGAAACCUUUGUGAAUUAUUUCUUCGGAAUUAUAUAAAUCAGAUAAUGAUGUUUCUGAUUAAGUGAUUGAGGUAUUUGGAUUCAAUCUCUCUUCCAGUUCUUACAGAUUUACAAAGAUAUUCUCUUGAGGCUGAGUUCACCCUGCAGGAGCUAGAGGCUGCAAUAAAGCAUGUCCAUGGGUUUCCUUGUGGAAGAGACUGAUCCAAUAGUAUGGAGAGGGUUGAUGGUCAUGUCUGCAAUUGAGCGAUUACUAAGACAGGUAGACUGGGGGCAGUUGGAUUACCUGGUUAUAGACAUGCCACCUGGAACUGGAGAUGUGCAGCUGUCAAUCUCCCAGAAUGUCCCCAUCUCAGGGGCUGUGAUAGUCUCAACUCCUCAGGAUAUCGCAUUGCUGGAUGCUCGCAGGGGGGCUGAAAUGUUUCAGAAAGUCAAUGUUCCUGUGCUGGGCCUUGUACAGAACAUGAGUGUUUUUCGUUGUCCAAAAUGUGAACAUGAGACCCAUAUCUUUGGAGCAGAUGGGGCAAGGCAACUUGCUGCUACUAUGGGACUUGAUAUUUUAGGUGAUAUUCCUUUGCAUAUUAACAUUAGAGAAACCUGCGACUUGGGCAAACCAGUAGUUGUGUCUGAUCCAGAGAGUAGUGAGGCCAAGGCGUAUGUGGAUAUUGCGCAGGAAAUAAUAAUAAGACUCUCCAACUGAUGGUCAAAUGUCCUCCUCAAGGAAAUCUACAAAAAAGAGCUGUCUAUCAGGUACUCGGCAGGCAAGAUGCGGUAGCAAGUGAAGACCGGGACAGAAAAUGAAUGUACAAUGAAUAUGAAUCCAAAAAGGUGUACACAAAAGGAGUGUGUUUUAUUCUGUUGUGAGGAAGACUUUUAUGAAUGGCAUGUUCUCUGUGACUUUCAUGGUUUAUUCACACUAUGUUUACAAAUUAUUUGUUAUGCUAUUUGGCCAAAUUGAAGUGUAUACUAACUUGUUAAUAGAAAACGAGGGAGUAAAUCCAUAUUUGCCACUUUUGAUACGAUGUAGUUACCUUAUUGGACACAUGGUAAAAUACUUUUUUUGAUGAUUUUUGUUGGUAGGCUGCUGCAUGACAAGCUCAAGUAGAGUAAAAUCUGGAGAAGCAUAAUUCAAUUAUCUAUUUGAUAAGGACUAUCUCUCUCUUGUAAUGCAUGUGAUUUUAAAAAUCACAUUCACACUAUGUGGGUGAAACAUACUUUAUCCAUCAAAGGUUUUCUUGAAAAUUAAGCGCCUUUUUCUACCAUUUCCUACGGCAAGAAACGCUUGGCUCUCUAGGCAUAAACACCAUAAUAAUAUGAAAACCUAAAAUAUAUUUAUUAAUAAAAUACCUAACAUAGUUGUACAAUGUCUCAGUUUCCAAAACCACAAUACUACAAGAUAAACAAUGUUGGAACCUGGUAGCAUAUGUGGUACUUUCGUUUAAGCAUGUUGUUUUUAAAGAAGUAGCAAUGUGUUAUAUCCCUCCAGAUAAAGUAUAUGUAUAUAAUCAUUUAAAGGGGUUGUACAGGCAUUUCACUUAAUUCUUUGGAAGAUGUUACUAACCUUUUAAAAAGAAGGUCUUUUACAUAGUACUUACCCAUCCCUGGCUCCACUGAUGCCACCGUCUUCCACCUGGUUCCCAUCCUGAAGUGUCUCCUCCUUUUCCUGUUCAGCUGCAUUUACUGUAAUACAUUUUGCUCUAAUUAAGAGCGGUCUUACCACUCGAAAUGUGUCAGCAAUGUUUUUAUCCUUGUGUCCAGGAAUUAAUAAAGACUUAUGUCAGUGCUGAGCAA